GAAAAGUGAUUAUAGAAGUUUAGAGAUAAAAAAACUUUUUUUUUUAAUUUUCUUGUCCCGUUUUUUAUUAAUUUUUUCGUUUUUUUUUUUGGAAAAGGAAAAAAAAUUGAAAAAAGAAGAAAAGGCCCUUUGGGUCAAGACCACGUGACAAAGCACGAGUGCAUCGUCAAUAAAGAAAGAAGGCUCGACGCCUUCCGAAAUAAUCGAGGAUGCCGCCUCAUCCUCAAAGUGGAUAUAUGCGCUCUUCGAAUUUAAUUCUUAGACGAAGAAGGAUUAUUGCCAAGCAGCGGGGAUGUUAUCGGGAAUUCCGAGGCCGUUAAAGAAAGAUUGUCUAGCGUAAGUCCUCGGAUUUAUCGUCAUCAUCAGAAUCAUCAAAAUCAUCAGCAAAAUAAUCAUCAAGAUCAACAAGAAAGUGAUUUACAAUCGGGUGAUUUAUUUCGAUAUCGAUAUCCGAUUGCAGAAAUGGUCGCACAAGAAAUGUCACAGGGUUAUACCCAAUUACUUCAUCAAACUCACGAGCCGCAGGAAUACAUAUCAUUAGAAGAACUCAGACCCCGAAUUAAUCAAGAGAAUAAUCACUCGCAAGAUCAUCAUCGCGAUAAUCAUCAUAAUCAAAUCUCAACACCCACAUCAACAACCGAACAACUCUAUCAACAUCAAAACUAUCAGGAGCCGAAUUAUUAUAAUCUCUCAAAUGUCCAAGAAAGUUCCUGCUCAACAAUAUAUUUUGGCGACAUAGGAUCAGGAGUGGGGGAAUUAGUGGGAACGACAGGGGGUGGCGAGGGUCUUGGGGCAAUCCCAACCCCCGGCCAAGUCAACAUAAGUCACGCGAACGACACCGCCGGAAAUCUCAAAGCGAACGCUGCUGGAAAUACCAUUGACACCACCGUCAACACUUCCCCUAUUACAACAACAUCACUACCUCAAACUAUUGCGGGGAAUAAACCCCCCCAGCAUAUGGAGGCAACCCCCCCUUCUAUGAUCAACGAUCAAACUAUUACAACCGAUCAUUAUUAUCAACGUCACCAUCAACAACAACAACAACAACAACAGCAACAACCACAACAACAUCGACGAAAUUCGGGAAAUCAAAAUAUUCACAUCACCACUGAUGAGCCAACUGAUGAGUUCAGUACUGACACGAAGAAAAGGAAAAUUUGUUUUCAAGAAAGAAACGAUUCGCUUCUUGAGACUGGGGAUGAUGCCAAAUCAUUUCGUUCUGGCGAUGACAACAAAAAACAAAAUCACAGUGAGAUUGAAAAAAGGAGAAGGGAUAAGAUGAACACCUAUAUUACCGAACUUUCAGCAAUGAUUCCAAUGUGCCAUGCAAUGUCCAGAAAAUUGGAUAAAUUAACAGUUUUGAGAAUGACUGUUCAACAUCUAAAAACAAUUCUCGGUGCAGUGACUUCUUACACAGAGGGUCACUACAAACCAGCAUUUCUAAGCGAUCAAGAACUGAAAACCCUUAUUUUGCAAGCAGCCGAAGGUUUCGUUUUCGUCGUGGGUUGCGAUCGAGGGCGAAUUCUUUACGUCUCUAAAUCUGUUUCGCAGAUUCUUAAUUAUUCUCAGGGAGAUCUAUUGGGACAGAGCUGGUUUGACAUUCUCCAUCCAAAGGAUGUUGCCAAAGUCAAGGAACAACUUUCAUCGUCAGAUCUCAGUCCUCGAGAACGACUUAUUGAUGCCAAAACAAUGCUUCCGGUAAAAACGGAUGUUCCCCAAGGUGUUUCUCGAUUAUGUCCCGGUGCAAGAAGAUCAUUUCUUUGCAGAAUGAAACGAAAAAUGGAGGUUAAUUCACGUUGUGUCGAUGCGCAAAUUAAGGAGGAGACUCACACUAAUACCGGAUGCCAAAGACGGAAAAAGCAACAAAAUCUCGAUUGGAAGUACUGUGUGAUUCAAUGUACUGGAUAUUUGAAAUCUUGGGCACCAACGAAAAUUGGCUUUGAAGAACAGGAAGGUGAAGGUGAUGGUGAGGCUUGCAAUUUAUCGUGUUUAGUGGCAGUUGGAAGAAUACAAACAGCAUUAUCAAUACCAAGUUCUAUGUCCAAUAGACCUAGACUACGAGCCAUUGAAUUUGUUUCUCGUCAUGCAAUGGAUGGAAAAUUUAUUUUCGUUGAUCAGAGAGUUACAUUAGUUUUAGGAUAUUUACCUCAGGAAUUACUUGGAACAAGUAUGUAUGAAUAUUAUCAUCAUGAUGACAUUCCAUUUCUUGCCGAAUCUCACAAAACAGUUCUUCAAUCACAAGAGAGAAUAUCCACACAGAUUUAUAGGUUUAGAAGUAAAGAAGCCAGUUUUGUUAGACUGCAAUCGGAAUGGAAAUCAUUCAAGAAUCCUUGGACCAAAGAAAUUGAAUAUAUAAUAGCGAAAAAUUCAGCUGUUUAUUUCGACACAAGGCAAGUUGAAAGCAGCGCAAUAAAAUCUGAAGGAUCGAGUGUUCAGGGAAAUUACGAUUAUUUCACACAAAGUAAUGGAGGUUUGGAAAGAUUAAUUUCUAGUCAAGUGGAGGUGAGAAAAAUUGGCAGGCAAAUAGCAGAAGAGGUUCUGGACCUACAAAGAAGAUGCGAAGAUUCAUCUUCCGUAAGAAGUCCGGAUUCUGGACCCGAACCUGUUUUAUUCAACCCCGAGCCACAGAUUACAACCACAGAAUCGCCAGAAAGAAGUCACGAUCUAUCACAAUCGGGAAUUGGAAGUGACGGGAGUAAUUCAACUUCAGCCUACAAUCAGAUUAGAAACAAUGUUCAAUUAAGCAGUGCUGCUAACGAUCAAGGAAUUGCUCCACAUGACGAAGUAAUGGAUAUUAUUGGAAAUAGUGCAAUUACCGAAUCGCCAAAUUCACUUCCAACGGAUGGAAAUGAUGAGGCUGCAAUGGCAGUUAUUAUGAGUCUUUUGGAAGCUGACGCUGGUUUAGGGGGACCUGUGGAUUUUUCCGGUUUGCCAUGGCCAUUGCCAUAGCCAUGAUAUUUUUUUGAAUGCUGUGAUUUGUGUCUUAGAAAUUUCAUUCUCACUCCUUUCAAUUUUAUCCAAUUUAUCGAAAAAAAAUAAAUAUUUGGUUAUUUAAUUCAAAAAAAAAAAUACUUUCGUUGACUAAAUAAUUACAGUUUUGAAUCCUCUCCAGAGAGGAGAAAGAAAUUAUUUAUUAAAAUUAUUUAUUUCUAACCUCUUUUUCCUGGCUAUAGAAAAGAAAUUUUUUUGCGACGUUUUUUCGGUAAAUAUCAUUGGUGUAAGAAAUCGUCAAUCGUACAAUUUAUUCGGCAUUGCAUAGUACAAUAAUUUAAUUCUUAAUGCAGACAGACAUGGAAAAUAAUUUUCAAUUUGAAUUA